ACCUUUGAUCCUUCCAGCUCCCACCGUUAAGAUUAAGCCCCCACAAAAACUAACCAUAGAUGUUUACUUAUUUAUAGCCAAGGACCAUUGCAUCUUGUUUUUUCAAUAAUGCUAUCCCUAUCCACUGAGUGUCCGAAGUUUCUUCAACCCCUCUCAAUGUCCCUCUGGUCUCAAACCAAUACCAUAUAGGCAAAUUUUAACCUUAAUUUCCUAUUACACUUUUUAACAGCCAUAAUCAGAGAGCAAGAAUGGGCUACACAUCAAGCAGUGGUGGCGGAAUCAGGGGCAGUGAAAUAUUACCAUUUACCGUGCAAGUGGUAAAGGGACGAUGGUUCACGGUGUUUGCUUCCUUUCUAAUCAUGACCGGUGCUGGUGCAACAUACCUGUUUGGAAUCUACUCCAAACAGAUAAAAGCUUCACUUGGGUAUGACCAAAGCACACUCAAUCUUCUUAGCUUCUUCAAGGACCUUGGAGCCAAUAUUGGAGUCCUGUCUGGGCUAAUAGCUGAGGUAACCCCAACUUGGUUUGUGUUGAUAAUAGGCGCAGUUAUGAACUUUGCAGGAUACUUCAUGGUAUGGCUAGCUGUAAUGGGGAAAAUAUCCAAACCACGGGUCUGGCACAUGUGCAUAUACAUAUGCGUUGGAGCCAAUUCACAAAACUUUGCAAAUACAGGAGCUCUUGUCACUUGUGUCAAGAACUUCCCUGAAGGCAGAGGAAUUUUGUUGGGGUUGUUGAAGGGAUUUGUUGGGCUAAGUGGAGCUGUAAUGACACAGCUUUACUUGGCUAUCUAUGGAACCGAUGCAAAGUCUCUAAUUCUUCUAAUUGCGUGGCUUCCGGCUGCAUUAUCCAUUGUGUUUGUGUAUACAAUCCGAAUAUUGCAUACUGCGAGGCAACCGAAUGAGGUCAGGGUCUUCUAUCAUUUCCUCUAUGUGUCAAUUGUACUUGCUUUGUUCCUCAUGGUUAUGACUCUACUUGAGAAGACAGUCACUUUCACCAAGGGAGCCUAUGCAGCAAGUGCCACAGUGUCUUGGUUCAUGCUCUUUGUUCCACUCUUCAUUGCAAUUAGACAAGAGGCGAUCCUCUGGAACCUCAAGAAAAAGGCUGAUUUUGCUAGAGAUGAUAUGCCUGUUGAAAAUCCACCAGAAACCAAGCUAAAAGAGUCGCCAGCACCACCACAAUCACAACCUCCAGAAGACGAAAAACACACACCCUGUUUUGCAGACAUAUGGAACAAACCACCAAGAGGAGAGGACUACACCAUACUGCAAGCACUCCUGAGCUGGGACAUGGGGAUUCUGUUCCUCGCCACGCUAUUUGGACUCGGAGGAAGCUUGACAGCAGUUGACAACUUGGGACAGAUUGGAGAAUCAUUAGGAUAUCCAACUAAAACUAUUAGUACUUUUGUAUCGCUGGUUAGCAUAUGGAAUUACUUUGGCAGGGUCUUCUCCGGCUUUGUCUCCGAAACACUAAUGCUAAAAUACAAAAUUCCCCGCCCGCUUAUGAUGACAUUUGUGCUUCUUUUGUCAUGCGUAGGCCACGUGCUCGUUGCCUUCCCAGGCCCUGGUGCUGUGUAUGUAGCAUCAAUCAUCAUUGGAUUCUCAUUUGGCGCACAAUUGCCAUUGCUAUUUGCAAUCAUUUCUGAGCUCUUUGGCCUUAAGUAUUACUCUACAUUGUUCAAUUGUGGCCAACUGGCUAGUCCACUUGGGUCCUAUCUCCUCAAUGUAAGGUUAACCGGGAAGCUUUAUGAUAGAGAGGCAAUAAAGGAUUUAGCAAAGAAGGGUCUUACUAGGUCAUCUGUGAAGGAGCUCACUUGCAUUGGGACUCACUGCUUUAGGCUACCUUUCAUCAUUUUGGCUGCUGGUACACUCUUUGGAGCUCUAGUUUCACUCAUUUUGGUAGUGAGAACCCGUGAGUUUUACAGUGGUGACAUAUAUAAGAAGUUCAGAGAUGAUCCAAUGGUUACAGACAUGGUAGAACCUGUGAAUCUCAAAGUCAAAGAUAAGGAACCAGAGAAGUAGUUAAAGAGACAAAAGUUCAUAAUCUUUGUUCAGUCUACAGCUCAUUCAGAAGCAGGAGUUAUCAAAUCCUGCUUUGUAAUCCCUAUUUAUUCUCUAUUCUUUGUUAUCAAAACCAUAUUUCCAUUCCUCUCAAAAAAAAAAAAAAAAA